CCCCUGAGGCGAGGCGCGACCCGGACGCCGGCGACACCCCUCCACAGUCGCCGCUUGGGACCUGUCGGCCGUGUGGUGGCCGGGACGGCGACCCGAGGAAGGCUUAGGGACGGGGGGAGAGCCGUCCCACGGCGGGAGGCUGGAGUUUUCCACCGUUACAAGUCGCCCAACCAUUUUUAUUCUUCUAAUCCGGUUUGCAUGACUUGUCCCUUAAACUUGACUCCGUUAAAUUCGAAACAUAAACUAGGAACACCUAUAAGAAGCUGGACAAAGCAAACAUAACCGGCAUUUUGUGAUGGGUAUUUGUAACACAUUUAGAUUAUUUCAGUAAAAUAUUUGUUGUGUGCGUUAAAAAAGGAGAUGGGAUGUGGGGGUAGUUUGUGUAUCGCUACAGUGUGAGUCUGUGACAAGGCCAGAAAGCAAUCGUGGGUCCUGCUUCCAGACUAUUCCAUCUGAUAGCUUAUUCCAUCAGAGUAGCAAUUUUAUUAUUAAAGUUUCCCACUUCUGUAGGCUGUGUAUUGGUGACUGUUCUCUCUCUUUUUUUUUUUUGCGUAUGGAAAAAUUGCUUCUGAGGAGACUUCUAGCAAAAACUGAGGAGAGUUUCUUGCCAGGCAUAUGAAGAUAAAUGCCUAACAAUUUGGGUUUAGGAAAUGAGACCUAGUAAUCCGUGGUGAAAAAGAUGAACAAGCAGUCUUGUGCAGCAAAGAUAAAACUUAUGACAUGAAAAUAGCAGAUACCUCAAAUAUGCUGCUGUUUAUUCCUGGUUGCAAAACUCCAGAACAGCUGAAUGUGGAUCAACCAUCUUGUAAUAUUAUUCAUUCGCAGAUUGCUGGCUUCUCCAAUAACUAUUGGGAAUUAAGGAGAUGCCGACCUAAACUGAAGAAACUGAGGAAGCUUUUAAUGGAAGAUCCAUAUGAAGGGCCAGAUAGUCGGAAGGAUCAGUCUUUGACAUUUUCAAAGUAUACAACAGAAGAUUUGUUCAGCUUGAUUCAAGCGAGUGAAGAAGAAAUAUUGCACCAACUGCAGGUUAUAGAUGCCUGCAAAAUUGAAGGAUAUUGGAGAAUUCUCGAAUUUGACUACGAGAUGAAACUCUUGAAUCAUGUGACUCAGCUAAUAGACUCAGAGUCCUGGUCGUUAAGUAAGGUUCCUUUACGUACCUGCCUUGAGGAACUUGGAUCUCUAGAGCCCACAGAGAUGAUAGAACAUAUUCUUUUAAGCUAUGGAAGGAAAUACAUUGAUGAUGCAGGGGAUGUUUACUUUGAAAUGCAUGAAGACAAAAUAUGCAGAGCUAUAGCACAAAUGCUUUUGCAAAAUGCAGUUAAAUUCAAUCUCUCAGAGUUUCAAGAAGUCUGGCAACAAAGUGUCCCUGAAGGGAUGACAACAAGGCUUAAUCAGCUUAAGGGCUUGGCUCUUGUGGAUAAAAGCUCAAGACCAGAGACCAUCUUUCUGCUAAAAGUAGAAGACUUACCUGAAGACAAUCAGGAAAGAUUCAACAGCUUAUUCAGCAUACGGGAAAAGUGGACAGAAGAGGAUAUUACCCCUUAUAUACAAGACCUAUGUGCGGAGAAGCAGACAGUUGGUGCUCUUCUGACAAAAUAUGCUCGCUCCUCCAUGCAGAAUGGUGUUAAAGUCUAUAAUUCUAGAAGACCCAUCUCAUAACAAGUAUUGCUUUAAGAACUGAGAAUACUGAAUGGAGUAACAGUGAAUGUUGCUUCUUCCUGCCUUCUGGGGAAAGGAGUUGUCAACCGAGAUGAUACAGUGUUCUUAAGUUUAAGCAGCCGAGCUUCUUGAACAAGUUUUGUUUUCUGCUCAGCUAAGUAGAAUGUGAGGGCACUUGCCUCUUCUAAGAAACCAUGGUGUCAGCAGCCCAUGCCCACCUUCUUCCUUCUUUUUCCUUUGUGACUACAGUUAUGCCAGGAGUCGAGCUGCUACUUGAAUACAGUUUAGCUGUCUAUCCAUAAACUGAAGUCUGACAUUAAAAAUUAAAACCUCCUUGAUAAUAAUCAAUUGAUUUCAACAGCAAAAUGGAAUGCUUAGUCUUUUUCUCAUUAGUGAGCAUUCUUAAAGAUUUUGUCGCAGUGUUGACAUUUGAAUACUGCAGCCUUUGAUGAGCUCAGGAAGAAAUAAUUACGGACAGACUACAGUAGUCCUAAUUUUGGAAGGGGUUUUUUUUAUGGUCAUGGCUGUAAAUAACAUUGGCACAAGCUCUUGGCACUUUAACACUUGGCAGAAUUGCCAUUGAAAUAUUACAAAAACCCAAAUUGUGAUCGAGUAUGAGGAUAUGAGAGAAUAGUUGGACAUUGUGUUAUGAACUUCCUAUAAACUGCCAUUAGAAUGUAGCUGAUGUAAAAUUAAUGUUUUACAGAAGACUAUCUUUGCUUUUUAAAGAGAGCUUAUAAACAUUCGUAAUGCAAUUUAUUUUUCUAAAAACUUUGUCAUGGCAAAUAACUACAUGUAGAAAUUGUGCCUUGAAAACUUAGGGUGGAAUAUUAUUCUGUGUAGAGCAAUGAAACAGGGUAUUUUAAUGAUAUUGUCAUAAAGUGCCUGAAAUAGAAAUUUUGUAAUCAUUAAAAAGGAUUGUUUGCAUAGUGAACCAGAGUUUAAUAUUAGAUGUUUUUCAAAUAUUUUUUUUAAACUCAACAGUUGUAGGGUUUUUAUUAAAAAAGCAUUUGCUGCAUCAAACUCAGAUGUAAGAUAUGAAAGACUUUGGAACUGGUAGCGUGCCGAAUGUAGGAUGAGCAUGGAGAGGAGAGAAACUAUAAAUGACAUGUAACUCUUAAGAUGGGUGUGUGCAUCCUUGGAAUUUUGUUACAGAUAAAAAGCCGAAUAA